UAGGAAGACAGAAAGAGGGAGAUCACGAUGCCAGAGCAGAUGCAUUCUGAUUAAAGGAAUUUUGUGUCUCCGUGGCGUGGAUGUAGGAGCGGAGAGGCAGGCUGUCAGCUCGCUCUUCACGGCCAGUCUUUCCCCCAACAAAGGUGGCCAGAGGCGGAGGAGGAGAGGAGAGGGGGUCCAGCACAGAGGUGCCCCCUGUCUUCAGACACCUGCUGCUGGCUAGCUGCUGACAUUGGGGACACUGUAUGACUGUGUCUGUGCACUAGUGAGUGUGCAUGUGAAUGAGAGGAGAGAUCUCAGCCUGAACCCUGCUUUUUCUGUGGGUAAGGAGGAAUAUCAGGACUUUCCCCUCUAGAUGCUUUACAUCCUUGGAUGAGGAGGAGGAGGAAGGACACAGACUCAGAGAAGCGAGAGGUUUAAGUGGGAUCUCACGCCGCUCAUGCCCUGGCUCUCCUCUCUGAGGGAUGGGCACUACAGAGGCAACGCUUCGAAUGGAGAACAUGGAAGUAAAAGACGAGUGGCAGGAUGAAGACUUUCCCAGACCACUACCAGAGUACGGAGAAAUGGAUCCCUCCUGCGGUCUCACAGACGACAGGACAUCUCCUCCUGACACCCUGAGUGUGAGCCCCCCUGGAGGAGGUGGCGGUGUACCCUCAUCUCACAGAAAACGCCGUACCCUGGUGGCCCCUGAGAUGAACCUCUCCCUGGAUCAGAGUGAGGGGUCUCUACUGUCAGAUGACUUCCUGGAUACACCAGAUGACCUGGACAUUAAUGUUGAUGACAUCGACACGCCUGAUGAGACCGACUCGCUGGAGUUUAUCACCAACGGCAACGAGCUGGAGUGGGAAGAUGACACACCAGUGGCCUCAGCUAAAGCAGGUCCAGAUGCCGGCUCAGGACAAGCAGAUGAUGACGGGAAUGGAAACAACGGACGUCUGUGGAGGACGGUGAUCAUUGGAGAGCAGGAGCAUCGUAUUGACAUGCAGGUCAUCAGACCAUAUCUGCGGGUCAUCACACACGGAGGUUAUUAUGGUGAGGGCCUCAAUGCCAUCAUUGUUUUCUCUGCCUGUUACCUGCCUGACAGCAGCUGCCCAGACUACCACUACAUCAUGGAAAACCUCUUCAUGUAUGUGGUGAGCAGUCUGGAGAUGCUCGUUGCUGAAGAUUACUUGAUCAUCUAUAUGAAUGGAGGCACUCCUCGGAAUAAGAUGCCCGGGAUCAGCUGGCUCAAGAAAUGUUACCAAAUGAUUGACAGAAGGUUAAGGAAGAACCUGAAGUCUCUGGUCAUUGCUCAUCCAACCUGGUUCAUACGCACUGUCUUGGCUAUAUCUAGGCCAUUUAUCAGUGUGAAGUUCAUGAAUAAGAUCCAGUACGUCCACAGCCUGGAGGAACUGGCAGAGAUCGUACCCAUGGAGCACGUCCAUGUCCCUGAGAGUGUGGUGCAAUUUGAUGAGGAGAGAAUUAAAGCACGGAAGGAAAGGAUGGAGCAGGAGCGCAGAAGCCAGGAGCAGCAGCAGUCAGUCCCACAGGAGCCAAUUAAAAAGUCAGAGAGGCCAAAGUCAGUCAUCGUAGAUCAAGGAUUGUGAGAAGGACAGAGCUCUGCAGCUGAAGAAUCCAGCCGAUGUUUUGUCAUUUGUGAUCAAGAUGGUGAGCGCUUCUUCUCUUUCUUCCUGUCUGCUGGAGGUUGCCAGAGUUUGUCACCAUGAAAACUCUCACUGGCUUUAACCUGCUCUGUGUCCACAUGUCUGUAUUUUUGCUCAUAUUACAUCAGUAGGCAGUCAGAGAAGAGAUUAACAGAAGACUGACUUUAGAAUGACUUCACUGCUGUGUAAAAGUUAGGUCAGGUAAGAAGAAUUUCUGAUUUGGCAACAACGGAUGGACCACCUGUAAACAAGCAGUUUCACAUUUGUAACUUCAUUUGAAGGAGUGUCUAGUCUUUACUAUGGGUUGAUGAAUUUUACAGGUGUACUUUAUGUUCAUGAAUUUAACUGAGAAUAGGCUGGGGAUGUCAUUUCUAGUUCAUACAAACAUGGUUACAGACAAAUGGCUUUAGCCUGACAUUAGUAACAUGUACAUACUGUAUGUAUAGAGGAUUUAACACUUGAAGUGACCAGAGAUGUCUAACAGUAACAUGGUGUAACAGAUGAAGAGCUAAUGUCAGUGGUAGGAGAGUGAAGCUGGUCACACACAUUUUUUUCAUGUGUGAGGGUAACGAAUGCUCAAUGUAAAUAUUAAGAAUGGUUUUUAAGUGCUUUAGAUGCCUUCAUCUUUAUUUUUGCCUCACAACCGCUGAUUCUUGUGGCCUUUAAAGCCCUCUCUUUUGCUGUACUGGCAUUUUAAAAACAUCUAAAUGUACUUACAUCCACGCUGUGCUUUGUGUUAGGAUGUGCCUCAGUUGUCUUGUGCUUUAAAAGAAGCAUUGUUUGGCCUGGAAAACCAAUCUGACAUAAUCUGCAAGAAUCAUGCUCAUGUUUGCACCAUCCAACACAACAAUAUAGUCUUUUUUUUCAUUCAAUUUUACUGUAUUUACACAAUGCAUUCUACAUGUAAACAUAUAUCCGCAGUCCAUAUAGAAAUAUAUUUUGCAUACACACUGUAUAUAUUGUAUGCAAUAUACAGUAAGAGAUCAUAGAAGAAUUCAGUCUGUCAGAGUGGCCACAAUGACAACAAAAUGCACAAAUAUAUUUUACACAUUAAAACUUUUUUGUCAUCAUUUUUUUACAGAUCUGUUUCAUAGAGAAAAGGUUUUUGAAAGCCCACAUUGCUGAAUUAUUAAUGCCACAUCUGAAAGUAAAACAUUUUGAUCCUCUUUCCAAAAGACAAAGUAUUCUUGGUUUAUGAAGAGAAUCUGUGACAUGGUUCUGUGGUUGUUUAUAAUGAACAUUUGGUCAUCAUAUUAUCAUGUUUUAAACAAGUUUAAACAACAUUUCACAAACAUCCCAUUACAUAAUUGAUUGUACAUUAUCUGAGGUUGCAUUGAUUUUCUCUGAUGUCUUCCAUAUGUAGUAGCAUGAGGACAAAGGAGGAAAAAAUUCUUUAUUUUUGUAAAGAACUGCAUAACUGUGUCGCCUGCCUUGUUUUGCACUAUUGAAUUGUAAUUAUAUUUAAUAAUUCAUGAUCAGUGUUUAGGAAUAGAUAGUUUCUUGUUCAAAGUAGAACAUAUAUUGUUCCUCAUCGUGUAGCUAUAAGUAGAGGAUGAACAUGCCUUUACUUCUGUUGUACAGAAAUUAGAACUCUGUAUCUAAAGUGCUGCUUCAGUGGGGUUUUUUUUAUUUCAUUUUUUUCUUCCUGGUGCAUACAUGUUGCAAAAUUCUCCACAUUUCUGUCUUACUCAGUUCUGAUUGUUUUACACCAAAAACCAAACCUGAGCAGUUCAAUUAAAAUUUCUCUUCCCUAAUGAAUUAAACCACCUCUGCAGUGCAUAGUGCUCUGGUGAUGUCAGUUUCAGAUUUGUUGGUUAAACUGAGUGCCUAUUUUUGAACAAAAUGUUUAAGAGAAAUCCAUAAAAUGUGAAGAAAUGCAAUGUCUAGCCUUUCAUGAUGUACUCGUUAUGGUUUACAGGUUUUUGACAUCCAGUAUGACAAGCAAGGUUUGAUAGAAGUAACUGAUUUAAAAGUCAGUUUGACAAUAAAAGCACAAUAUUUUUUAUUAUGUAAUGAUUUGCCUCCCAUUUGUCUGCUGUAAAAUGUUUGCAUAUAUUUAAAUGGUACAAGUGAUCCAUCAUUCAUGGUUCUUUGGAUUAACAUGGUUGGCACUGUCUUGUAAAAAAAAAAAAGCAGA